ACCAAGUAAAUAAGCCAAGAGCCGCAGCAGAGGCCAGGCCGGGCAUUGGCACCAACCUGUUGCGUGUCGCAACUGUUGAAAAAAUCGGGUCAUUUGACCAAAUCUCAGCCAAACAGCACAAAACCUCCUCGACUGUACCGAGCCAGUGCAUUAUUUUGAUCACUCAAGGUCAGUCGUUUGGGUUCUUUGAACGUGUCGGACGAGCCGGUCUAGAAAGCAGAUUUUUUCACUGCUUUCCGUUAGAUUUAUCAAAGAAAUUGAAACCAGUGCCCAUGGACGUCCACCAGCUCAGAAUGCUCGUAACCGAAAACCCGGUCUUCCGCAGCUACAUGUUCUACACGGCCAUAUUAACCUUAAAGAUGAUGUUUAUGUCGCUCCUCACCAUCAGACAAAGAGUCAUGCAUAACUCGUUUGUGAGCGAGGAGGACGCCAUGUAUUUGAAAGGGAUGGUUUCGCGCACUAACGAGCACGUCGAAAGGGUGCGCAGGGGGCACCGAAACGACAUGGAGAACAUCUACCUGUUCUUCGUCAUCGGCUUUGCCUACACUUGGACCGACCCUAGCCCCUUUUUCGCCAAUCUUUUGUUCUUCAUUUUCACCGUUUCCCGACUUAUCCACACUUGCGUUUACACGGUUGUGAUAAUGCCUCAGCCAAUCAGAGGCCGCGCCUGGCUGGUGGGCUUCCUCGUCACUGGCUACAUGGCCAUAAGGACGCUCCUCCACUUUUGUUAAUAAGUAGUUGUACAAAAAAAAUUCUUUAUUUGGUAGGUUUUGUAAAAAUUGUUGAAUUGUUAAUAAAUCCCAGUUGGUA